UAUGACGUGUAAGGAAGUUCCCCGUUGUAAAGAAGCUAACGCUAGCUAGCUAGUUAGUUAGAGCCUGCUGUUUAGCGCGGUUUGUACCGUGGUGUUAUGGUUGUUUUAAGGCACAACAAGGACUGAUGUCAGCAAUCAAGUGGUUUCGACAAUGAAAGCGGCACACUUAUAUUUGUCGUUGCUCGUUUUUUCGUCAGCCAGUGUGCUGGUCAACACGUUUGAGCCGAUCACAACAACAGUGGUUCUAGGUAUCGGUGCGGCUCUGGGGCGGACUAUCUACAAUUAUUUACACGAAAGUUGCGAUUCGAAAUGGAUCGCCUUCAAUGCAACAGGUCUCGAGGUUGACCUGGAAAGCAAACUGUUCGGACAGCACAUUGGGUCGCGCAUCAUCCUGAAAGCUUUGACUGGAUUUAUGAGUAACGACAACCCGAAGAAGCCCCUGGUGCUCUCUCUGCACGGGCACACCGGCACGGGGAAGAACUUUGUUAGCAAGCUGAUAGCUGACAACAUUUACAAAGAGGGCAUGGACAGCAGCUUUGUUCAUGUUUUCACAUCCGAACUUCACUUCCCACAUUCAAGUAAAUUGGAAACCUACAAGACUCAGCUACAGCAGUGGAUCAAAGGCAAUGUCACCAACUGUGAACGUUCCAUGUUUAUCUUUGAUGAGAUGGACAAGAUGCAACCUGGCUUGAUUGACAGCAUAAAGCCGUACCUGGACUACUACGACAAGCUGGAUGGAAUUUCUUAUCGGAAAGCUAUCUUCAUCUUCCUCAGUAAUGCUGGAGGGGAGAGCAUCACACAGAUCGCUUUAGAUUUCUGGAAAGCAGCACGGGAUCGAGAAGAGAUUGAGCUUAAAGACCUGGAAACGUUGCUCUCUCUUUCAGUGUUCAACAACAAGAAUAGUGGCUUGUGGCAUACAAGUUUGAUUGACAAGAACCUCGUGGACUUCUUCGUCCCGUUUCUGCCUCUGGAGUACCGGCACGUCGUCCAGUGUGCCAUGGCCGCGAUGAAAGCCAAAGGACUUCGUCCAGAUAAGAACGUGGCGGACCAGGUGGCCAGAGAUGUAAACUAUUUCCCCAAAUCUGAGAGAGUGUUCUCUGUCAAAGGCUGCAAGACGAUAGAGAACAAGUUGCACUACUACACAUAAUGUCAGCAUCUGACGGACACUCGGAUGCGGACAUUAUUGUCCACUAUGUGCACUUUUUAAAAAAAAAAGAGAGAAACGCUGUCAGCCAAAUGACUAAAGAGAGGAAGUCGAGCUGACUGAACUCUGAGGAAGUCUUUAUAGAGGUUUCUCUGUCUGACUUUGUGGCCACAUGGAGGAUUUCAGCAGGCCUUCUCCAAUGUUGCAUAUUGCUUACACUGAAUGCGGAGGCUGAUGAAAGAGAACAGCGCCACUUGAAUGAAAAAGUAAUAAGACUGGAAUGCUAUCCUUUGUAAGUGAUUAAGGGGGCUUGAUCUCCGCUUUAUGUCACACCACAGUGAGAGUCUCAAAGGCGGUUUCGUUUUCCUCAGAGCCUCUUAAUGACUUAACAGGGUGUCCUCCUGUCUGUAGAACUAUGGCAUUUCACUGUUGUGCAUUUGUUUAUUUUUUAAUGUGUACACCAUCAUUUGAAUUACUGGAAACACCAGCCUUAAUUUCUUUUAAAUUUUAAAUUUUUUUUAGUUUUUUUUUUUUUUUUAGAUCUACUAGUGUUAUUUUACACACGUCCACUGUACAUACGAGUUCAUCGACAGUUAAAUUUGGCCUUGCUGGUGCACUAUUCAAAUACGUAAUGCAGAUAACUCUGUUUAUAUGUCAUAUUGAAAUCAACAUUAGCAAGAUAUGUUUUCUAUACAGUUCAGCCACACACUUUUGAUAUCUAAUUUGGUUAAAAUGAAACAUGAUUGUGUUAUUCAGGAGUAAUAUACACUGUUAUUGAUAUGGAUGUGUCCAUAGUGAAGUAUUUCUAGAUGUAAUUUAGCCUUUUAUUCACACUUUGACUGGACUCUGUAGGGUAUUUGUACACUGUGUAUCGGCUCAGGAUAGUAUUCUCACAAAGCAAGAUUUUACCAAAACUUAGAUUUUUUAAAUUCUUAAAAAAGCAGACACAAAUCUCUAAUGAUAUUGUAUAUAACAGAUUGGUUGGUUGAUUCUCCAAUUACUUGGAUUUAAAAUUCAGCUAAAAGGUUUCUUUCAAAACACAAUACUCUUUAUAUUUAGUCAAUAAAGAGGAGAUGGUCAUAGUUUUGGACAACAUUGUUGUGGAAGGAAAUGUUCUGAUGGUUUCUCAAAAUGUGACCAUUUGCUGUCAGGUUAAAAAAAAAAAGAAAAAAGACGUUAUGAAAUUGCUCACUGUGAAAGAGCAUUGUGUGAAUGGAAAGCCAUCACUAGCAAGCUUCUCUGCUGUAAACACACCAGACAAACAAAUCAUAAAUAAAAUGACAUUUUCUUACUGUAA